GAUGUACAUGGAGUUCCUAUUGACCGUAGAUUUGGUAGAUAUUGAUAUCAGGAGAGAAGAUUUGUGAUAAGAUAAAUUUUGUGGAAUGAUAAUCGCCACAUCGCUUAACAAACAGAGGCUACCAGUUCUGUUAUAAUUGAAAAUGAGAUUGAAGGUUAUCGUAAUACACAAUUCAGAAGGUGUGCUGGCAGGCCCCAUGGUAGGCGUAGAAAUGGAUGGUCCCCACACCUCUCAGCCUGACAACUUUCUUCUCUACAAGAAACAAGACCAUCUUGGCAGGACUCUUUAUGGGUGUCGAGUGUGUGCUAAAACAUUCUUCUAUGCUGGGGACUGGCGAAAACAUAUACGUACCCACACAGGAGAGAAGCCAUACCAGUGUCCUGUAUGUUUCUACAGGGCAGCUCAGAGGACAAAUUUGAAGAGGCAUAUACUUAGAAAACAUCAAGCCCGAUCGUUGCCCACUGUACCUACAUAAAUUACAUCCAUGCUGCUCUACCAUGUUCAGUUAGGAUUGGUUUGUGCUGAAUGUGUUAUAUCAGUGGAAUCAGUUGGUUGGCUAAGUGGAUUGUUAGACAUAGGGCAGCCAGAUAAGUGGAUUUAGCCAGGGAGAUAAUUGCUGGAGAUUUCUGGUGCUAAGUCAUUAAGUUUUAAGUGUAAUAUAAAUCAAAUUAAUUUUUAGUUCAAAGACUGACAGAAACCAUGUCUGCUUUUUGUUGUAGAGCUGGCUGGGAGUAAUCGGGGUUCCGCUCGUAGGUCAAGACACUGGCAAGCAGUAUGGUGUCAGGAAAGCUUGUCAACUGCAGGCAUUAUCUGGCAACUUUUCUCACGUCA